AAGUUUAUAACUAAAUAAGGUCAUGACCCUUUGAACUUUCAACUUGAUAUGGGAAGGUGGAAAACUGUCAUUUUCACGUGUUUUCAAAAUCAUAUUACUUCACAAUAAUCAAGGAUGUCAAGUCGCAGUACAGAUCACAUAGACAGGUUACAGGGAGAUGUCAAUGAGGUAACACAUCUUUUGAAGGACAAUGUUGAAAAAGUUCUGGAACGUGGAGAGAAAAUUGAAGAUUUGCAGAAUCGAUCAGAGGACUUAACAGCAAGUUCCAUUCAGUUUAAAUCCCGUUCGCGAGACCUUAGAAGGAAGAUGUGUUGUCAGAAUUUUAAAAUGACCUGUAUAUUGAUAAUUGUGAUAACUGUUGUUAUAGCAAUAAUAAUUCUUGUCAUUUUAUUCACAGUUAAACCAUGGGAUAAAGACUCAGGCAGUGGGCAUCAUAAAAAUGGAACGUACAUAAUGUCAACCUGAUCAAUGACACAUGCUCUUAGAGACUAAACCUAUAUAUGUAUAUAGUGCUGUGCUAUAAAGAUUAUGAACAAAUUUAUCAGCAUGUUACACACUUAUUCAUGCUUUAUAGCUAAAUUAGUAUCAUCUUAUAAUAAAUUGUAUUUUCAGAAACAAAACAUAAAUAUGAUAUAAGAAAUCCAUAAUUAAAUUGUUUUUUGUAUGUCUUGAUAAUACAUGUCAUAAUAAUUCAGCCUGAGUGGUGUAUUGUAGUAUUUGAUUGUAAAUAUGUUGUGUGAAAGAGAGAGAGAGAAUAGUUUUUUUCUUUUUAUGAUCUUAGAACAAGGAAUUAUUUGAAUGUGGUAUAAUUUUGAAUUCUGGAAAAUUGAUUAGAAAUGUAUGAUGAAAACUAACCCAACUAAUUAGGGUAAGCAAUGUUGGCAUGGCUAAGGUUGAUUUUACUUUCACUAUCAUUUCAGAAUGAACUAACUACCCCCCCCCCC